GCCCGUGGUGAUGACGUAGACAGCACGGUUUUCUGUAGUGGUUCUCACGGCGAAGACGCAGAGCAGAGAAGGGAGAAGAUACUCAGGAGACGGUGCUUAAAGUUGUGGAUAACGUUACUCCAGACGCAUAAUGAGACAUUUUUCCAGGCUGUUUUCAGCUAUGGCUGGACCCAGGCCUGUGGUGUGUAGUGGCCCAUCAGGGGUGGGAAAGAGCACUCUGUUAAAGAAGCUCAUGAAGGAAUAUGAAGGUGUUUUUGGCUUCAGCAUCUCACAUACAACAAGAAAACCUCGACCUGGAGAAAAGGACGGCACAGAUUACCAUUAUGUUACACGGGAGGUGAUGCAGGCAGGCAUCGACAAUGGCGAUUUUAUUGAGAGUGCGGAGUUUUCCGGGAACCUGUAUGGGACGAGUAAAGCUGCUGUCCAAGAGGUGCAGUCCAAGAACCUCAUCUGUUUAUUAGACAUUGAUAUGCAGGGUGUGAAGAAUAUCAAAAAGACAGACCUCAAUCCAAUGUUCAUUUCCAUCCAGCCGCCAUCCAUGGAAAUCCUGGAAAAACGUCUGAGAGGCAGAAAAACGGAGUCGGAGGAGAGCCUCCAAAAGCGUUUACAGACGGCCAAAAUAGAGAUGGAGUUUAGCAAAGAACCUGGUGUAUUUGAUGUCAUAAUCGUCAAUGAUAAUUUGGACGAUGCUUACGUGAAGUUGAAAGAAACUCUGAAGGAUGAAAUUGAUAAAGUCAAGAAAAUGUCCUCAUAGGAGACAUCAGCAUCCAGACACCUUUUGGUCCCCGUCCAGCCACUCCUCACAGCACCACAGACCUCCAUUCUAGUCAGCUCAGACAAUUUCCCUCUCCAGAUAGUCAAACACUUUUUGUUUAGAAGUAGUUACUAAUAAAUAACUUAGUGUAAAGUGGAACUUUUUUUAAAAAAUUUUUACAGACAGGAAGUGCUUUCAUUGUUUUCAUUUUUAUCUUGAAGAGAACACACCCCAGUAACUCUUACUUGAAGUAUAACUGACAUGGUAAGGAGGUAUUUCUCUGUUGGACGCAAUUUGAUGCACAGAGAUAAUAUUACGUGCAACUUCAUUCUUUUACUGAGGGCGUACUAAUAUGACUCAUUCCAUCAUCUGGACAAACUGGUGUUUCAAGGACUUAAAAAAGCACAUUCUGGUAUCUAGAUUUUUUGGUUUGUGGCACUGAAUUCAACUUUUAUCAGUUGAGGAUUGUUUUUUUUUUUUUUUUGGUUUUUGGGCAACCAGCUACACUGUGUUGAUGUUAGAUGUUUUAGAGACAGUGAAAUGUAUAGGUUAUGGACAUUGUGAGAGAUUAAAACCAGCACUCAGGGCUCUGCAAGUUCAGCAGGUAGGCUUGGGCAGUAUCCUAGUAUCAUGCUACCUCGGAGUAUAUAGAUGGAGUACUUCCUAUACUGUUAAAAUACAGACACUCCUUUCUGUUUAACAUGUAUGAUGUAUUUAGGUCAUAUAUUGUAGUGUCUUCACAGCACAUGCCAUCAGAGGGCAGAGUUGCAACUGACUAACAGACAGCUGAGCUCAGUGAGCUGUGAAACAUGGCAAUUACAACUGUUAGGGAUUAUUUCGAGUUUAGUUCCAACUCCCUAGAGGUUAACUAUUUGGUAAAGCUGCAGUCAGCAGCAUAAAUUUGCAGGGCUGGAUAAUGACAGACAGCCGCUUAAUCUAACAGUGAACCAGUAAUAGUCUAAACUAAUAUUUCUGGUGCUAGCUAUCAGCUAAUCUCUCACCCUCUCAUCUAAAGUGUCAUCUGUCAGCUUUUAAUUUAUUUAUACAAAUGCCGUCAUAUACCUGGUGACAUGUGAGGAAGGUAUGAAAGACUAGAUAUCGCCCAAGUCUAUCAGAAGGUAAACUCAUCCCUGGAAAACACAGUGGCUGUUUACUUUCAGGGCGUAUAUACUAGUCAGCCAUACUUUUGAAAUAGUAACAUUGGUCCAGUGCUGGUAAAUGUUUUUCUUUUAAAACUUUUUUUAAUAUACAGUACCAGUCAAAAGGUUGGACACACUUACGCAAGAGUGUCCAAACUCCUUUACACUCUUUGUUGGAAAACCAUAAAUACUGCUGUGCUCUCGUAAAAGUAAAUCCCAUCACAGGUAGAAACAGUACAGCUACAUAUUAGUCUUUUAUAACAAGUGUUUAUUUUAAUGUUGUAAAUUUGUGAAACUUAUUUUGUGUAAGUUUUCAGCUUUACCUGUACAGUAAAAUGAGUGAAUUGUUUGUUUUAUUGCUUAGAAUUAAGCAAAUCUUUUACUUGAAAACUAGGGAAAAAUAUAAUCAGUUCAAAAUUGCCAUUUUUAGAUUGGAUAUUCAAUUAUGCCUCAACCAGUAUAUUCAGGUACCUUGUAACAUUCAUUCCUUUGCGCAGAAAGCUUUGUGUUCUUGAUACUUAAAUACAAGUCUUGCAAAUGUUACAUCAUACUGAAUAAAUGCAUGAAGGCAUCUUUAAGACUAAACCAGUUAUUAUAGAAAUGUGCUUCUUGUAAAAAUGUACUAAUUUAAUUUCCAGCACUAAGACUUUGUUAUACAUUGAAACAUCAGUAAACAUGUUACCAUACAACAGUGCAUAAUUUGUGUGCUAUAUAAAGAAAUUAUGAAAGAAGCUGGUUAUGUGGCAUAUUGCAGUACUUUUAUUUAAUUGAACACUUUUGUACUCAACCAUGUUUUGUCCAAAACUACACAUGUACAAUACAAG